AUGAACCACCUCACCUAUUCGGCCACCGAGGGGGUGUGGCAGACCGAACUGCUGGACAGCCCGCUCUGCCACAAGUGUUUGGAGCUCCAUGAUCAUGCAUGUUCUCCUCUCUCUAAACCCCUUCCGGCCGACGCUAUGUCCCUCCCCCCUCGAUCCAUCAAAUCUGGUAUCACGGGGGCCCUCUCCCUCCAUGAUUACCGCAAAUUCCUCUCCAAGUCCGCAGACCGCAUAGAUGAUCCCGUCGAUCAUGCAGACAGGAAAUUGAAGCGAAAGACGGCGGCGUUACAUUUGAACUGCCCACCCGCCCUCGAGCGCUCUUAUCCUGCGUCUCUCACUUCGGUCUCGACUCCCCCUCUGUCUCCCUCGUAUUCCCACAGUAUCAUCUCCCAGCGGAGCGAAGAGCCUGAGAUCGGAGAAGCUCGACCUGUUCGUUAUCAGUCUCCCAGCCCACGAGUAACGCUUGUCUCGGACAGCGGUAUUCGAGCCAGGCCGAACAGGAAGCGAUUGAACACCUUCCGGGAGAAAUUUCAACAGAACAAGGCUCGAGCCGAAGCCGACGCUCGCAAGGCCGAGUCGGACUCCAUGCUGGCCAGCACACAGGCCGUGGCCACCGUCUCACACGGUGGCGCUUGCUUUGAAAUUUUGAAUCCGCGCAAGUCGCUGGAUCUCGCACGCAUCGUCUCAUACAUUGAAGACGUGGACAGUUGCUCCAUACUCUCCGAUCAAGACUCGGCGUUCCCCCUCGACCAAGGACUGGACCGGGUGUCCAUAUCCCAAUACACCGAUGCCUCAUUGACAUCAUUCUAUUCCAACCAUUCUCUUUACAACUCGCUAGACUCAACCCCCAAGGACCAGGAUCCCCCCUUGUCGUCUGCCGGGGCUCAUGGUCGCAUCCGCUCUUUAUCCGACUACUCUCUCACCGAAGGUUACAAUUACUGGAGCCGCCCUGUACAAAAUAACAGUGAACACGACCGCUAUGACGACCUACCAACCCCCAUGACCUCCAUCAGAGAGGAAUCCAACCCACCUACCCUAUCACACUCGAACACACACUCCCGUCGCCCCUCGACACCCUCCACGCAGGAUUUCUACUCAGAGAGUGAAAUCGGCGAACCCGGCUCCCCAGUAUACGCCAAUGGCGAAUGGGCGCAAGUCGACGAGCGCGAUCGAGGCAUCUUUUACGAACUUGAAGAGUUCGACCAACCCCCCUACCAAGAUCAUGAUCGAGAGUCCGAGCCUUCACCGCACGAAACUCUCGACACACCUCUUCACUCUCCCAGCUCACCGGCCUUGCCAUUUGACUUGAAAUACGACCCCUAUGACCCCAUCUACUUCGACCCGCACGUGCAAUCUGUCUUGGCAGCUGCCAAUGCAGAGAACAUGGGUCUCCGUGGACAUCGACAGUUUGAUGGGUCUAGAGAGAUUCACAGACGGAAGAGCGAUGAACGCAAGGCCGGGGGAAGGAAAGGGCUGAAGAAGUUCUUCAGUUGGAGGUCUGGGACGAACUGA